AUGCAGAGGGUCUGGGAUGCACUCGCGCAAGCUGCGCGAGAGCUGCCCUUGAACUUUGUAUACGACUCCUUCUCCUCCCCUCGACAAAUCAGAUCGGACACCUUGUUUCGCGCUGAAUUCAAAAAACACGUCGACGCAGCCCAGAUUACGGAUAAUGCGGUUGAUCUCUGGAGGACAGGCCCAGUUGAAGUGAAGCACGCCUUCACGAAAUGUGCGGCUGAAAUUCGAAAGAACUUCCCUGGCGAGCUUGAAGCUUCGAGCGACACAAGCCUCAACCCGGGUAAACAAUCUGUGUGGAAGUUGGGGCCGCAAAGGGCUUCUCCCUCGUCUUCAUCGCUGUCCUCCGGUCGUCGCCAACCUGUCCACCGCCAACCGAGUCCAGCCCCUUCGCACAACUCUGUCGAAUCCAUGGUCCAUGUUUGGCAUCGCCAAAACCCCGGAAAGUCCAGCAAGGAUGGUCGUCGCGUCGUCAACCCAGCAUUGCACAAGUCAUCGGCUGUACUGGUUCUCAGUGGUCGACAAACCGGCCCCGUUCGAAGGGCGCGCACUUCCCGAUCGAUUUCUCCUCGGCUUCGAUACGCGGGCGAACGUCCUCUUAGUCGCGGGAGCACGGCGAGCAGACCCAGCACGCCCACCAACGCCUCGGACCAAGCUCUCGACAUCACUCCUUUUAUUUCACGGACAGAAACUCUUGUUCCUUGUCCUCUUUUGGACGAUGCCCUUGUCCCGCAGGCUUGCUCUGUACCCACUCAAGGUCAGACUGAUGGGCGUCACAGCUUCCCUUCAGCCUCGGGAUCAAUUCUCUGCGAACAACAAGGACAUUCAGAUUUGGCAACCCAUCAAUUUACGCCUUCCUUGGUCAAUCCUCCCGGCGGUCCGUCGAAGUCCGCCGGGGUGCAAGAGACUGGACGCGGCGUUCAUUUGGGGCCAGACAUCACAGAUCCGGAAAAGCUUGCACUCCAGGAACCCAAGCUAAGGAUCGUCAUUAUCCCCGUGGAUCCCAAACUAGGGAACCCCGGCGACAGCAAUAUAACAUCAGGCUCCCGUCCAGGUUCGAGCAUUAGCGGCAACUUGGAUGCGUGUCUCGACCCAGACCCCCAAGCCGCUUGGACAGCAGCUCAAGACUUUUCGUCACACCCACUGGUAUUCGCCGACACUCAACCCCCUCCGUUUGACGAUGCGCCUCUGGAAUCAAGUGUGCGCUCUUUGGAUCAGAAUAUUUGGAUCACAUCGUACAACCCUCUGCCAGCGGGUCAGCGCCAACAAUCGCAACCUCUCAUGUUCGAUCCCCUCCUUGGAAAUCCCGCACCGUUUGGCCGCGAGUCGGCUUUCGGCAACCAACUUGGAAGUCCAGGCAUGGGGGAAACACUUCAACAACCUUUCGAUCCCACCUAUCCUACCCAAGGAGUCACCCAAUUGGGGCAAGACGGUACAUUCGCUCGUCCUUCGACUUACCCACUCUGGAACCUCGCACACGCACCUGCGAUGGAGGAAACUCCUGGUACCCACCAGGAGUGCCUGCCGCUCCCUGACUCGGAAUGGAGCGCAGAUGGAACAGAUGCACGACUCAUUGAUCAGUUCACAAUAUCUCAACAUGACGGUAUUCAAGGCUUUGCGCAUCCUGACUAUGGUCCCUUCCAAUCGUUUGCUGGCGCCACGAUGCCACUCGAAGAUGGUCAACACAAUUUAAUCCCUCUUUUCAUUGGUUAUCAACCUCCCAAUUUCGGUGGACCUGUAUUCGGACAGCAGAACGGUCUUCAUGGACUUCAUUUCCCUGGAGAACCCAUUAUCGAACAGAAUGCUUGGGAUCCGCAUGUAGGACGGAUCGACAGUGGCCCCUUCCUCGAUUCCUCCAUCUCCAACACGUUCUCCGAUGAUUGUACGAUGCUCGAUCCUGGUACCACCGGUAGUUCAUCUGCAUUCACGGACUACGGCGGAGAAAGUGAUGCCGUAGACCUGAACCCGAGCCACAGCGCACCCUCGGCCUGGUCGGUAGAUUACUAUACUGCCCCGAACGAGCAAGGCCCACGUCCAGGGCAGCUUGGUUUUUUCGCCAUGGAUGAAGAACCCCAAGCGUUCGAUACUCCUACUAUUGGCUCUUCGGAUUCCCUUCCGGUGUUCGAGCCCCAGUAUCUGGUUUGA